CCCUCCUCGUCGUCUCGCACGGUCCCCACACCUCCCCUCGCCUCCCUCCUCACCUUCGUCAUGCCCUCUCUUCGUCGCACCAUCUCGUCGCCCUCCGUCCGCUCCUCUCCGUACCCUGCGUCCUUGGGUAGCCCCACAGCGCGCGGUCACGGCCCGCGGAGGUCGUCAGGUUCCGAGAUAUCCUCCCGCAGGGUUCUCGCAGAUAUCGACUGGUGGCGUGUCACUCAAGGCCAGCGCGACCCCAGCGCUGACCCGAAUGAGACUGAGACUGAGGAGAGGGGAGACGACCGUGUGGACGACCGUGGGCGUAUUGUCGGAGAUGCGCUUGGUAGUAUGACAGGCGCCUUCGACUUAUACAAUGAAGUCGAGGUUCAGCGGCCUGCGACACCAGCGCUGACCGACAUUGCGUUUGGGAGGGUCCGCUUGGAGGAGUCGGUCCAGGCUCAACCUCCUUUCAAACAGUUCGAGGCGUUAGCUAUUUCGCCUCGAACUCCCAUUAGGCGUCAGCGUCAAGCAUCGGACUCGUCGGUCGAGUCGUCGCCGGAGGCUCCUUUGACCCCAUGCGAAAGUCUGUACUUCGAUGACAUGGGAUUUGCCGACGAAGGCACAGAUAUCCACCCGAUCCGCCUUCGUCCAUUCUCCCUCGCCGCUCUCAAUUCAUAUUCGUUUGCCCAGCUCACGACACCUGAGGAGAGCAAGGGGGCCGGUUUCUUCGGCAGCUUCUUGGGGGAUGCUUUUGUUGCUGAUGACAGUGACUUCUUUGCUUGAACGCGUUUCCGAGGGCGAUUUCCUGCGAUUUCCUGUGAACCAUGAAAGCGACAGCU